UGGAGAUUGUUUGGAAGCUUUUUUAUUUUGCAUUUCUCCAGUGUGCAACACAAAGAUCUCAUGAACCCUGCCCCCUGCCUGGCUCUGCUGGACUUGCCUUGUGAAGAUCAAUGUAGUUAAUCACCACCGUUCAUUCCCAUCUGAAGCAGAGCGGCGCUGUAGUUCCUUGUGCUUUAAAUAUCCCCCUUUCAUGGUUCAUGUGUAUCUUCAUAGGAGAGGUGCUCCAUCCCUCUGAUCAUCCUCGUGACCCUUCUCUGGACACAUUUAGUAGUUUGGAGUGAGCGUUGUCCAAAUGGUGGAAGACGUGGGCAAACAUCGAUGGAGAUGUUUCCGUCAAAGCAAACCUUUGCAAAAUGACAUCAUGACAACAGAGAAGAGUCUAGUGGCGGACACCGACAAUUCAGGUCAGCAGCAAGCCAAGGAGGAAGAAGGAGCUGCUGAAACCCCAAAGCAAGAGGCUUCCCUGGAGGAGAGGCCUCAGCAGACAUUGGAGGGGCAGCCUGUGGUGGGGCAGAAGCAGGUGGUCUCCGACGGUGAGACACCUGCGCACGAGGAGCAGAGCAAGAAGGAGCGCCGCACCUCUGAGGGCCGCGGCCUCUCCCGCCUCUUCUCCGCCUUCCUCAGGAGACCCAAGUCUCAGGUGUCUGAAGAGGACAAAGACACUGAUGUUCCUAAAGAGGCAGGAGGUGACCAGAAGGAGACGGGAUUAGGAGCCAGCCCUGAUGAAGACAUCCUGGUGAAAGCUCCAAUUGCAGCUCCUGAGCCUGAGCUCAAAACUGAUCCAUCGCUGGAUCUCCAUUCCUUGAGCAGUGCAGAGACACAGCCUGCACAGGAGGAAAGGAGGGACGACCAGGAGCCUGAAAGCAAAGACCUUGAAGGCAAGGAAGGAGGAGAAGCAAAGGACAAGUGCAUCAAGCCAGAGCUGAAACAGGAGACUCUGGAGACCAAAGCAGAGAAGGAUUUGAAAGCUGCCCAGAAAACAGUAAAAAAACACAGAAAUAUGUACGGCAAAGUUGUUUUGCUGGAUGAUACCAUUUUUGAGUGCUCUGUGGAUAAACAUGCCAAGGGACAGGAUCUACUUAAAAAAGUCUGUGACCACCUCAAUCUCCUCGAAGAAGACUACUUUGGUUUGGCCAUAUGGGACACACCAACCUCCAGGACGUGGCUGGAUCCUGCCAAAGAAAUCAGAAAACAGGUUCAUGGAGCCCCCUGGGAUUUCACCUUCAAUGUCAAGUUUUAUCCACCAGACCCUGCACAACUGACAGAAGACAUCACCAGAUAUUAUUUGUGUCUUCAGCUCAGACAAGACAUCAUCACAGGGCGGCUGCCCUGUUCCUUUGCCACUCUGGCUCUGCUGGGUUCCUACACAGUCCAGUCUGAGCUGGGAGACUAUGAUUCUGAUCUGCACGGUCCCGAUUACAUCAGUGAAUUUAAACUGGCCCCAAACCAGACGAAAGAGCUUGAGGAGAAGGUGGCAGAGCUUCAUAAAACAUACAGAUCCAUGACUCCAGCCCAAGCAGACCUGGAAUUUCUUGAGAAUGCAAAAAAGCUGUCAAUGUAUGGAGUUGACCUUCACCAAGCCAAGGACUUGGAAGGAGUGGAUAUCACUCUGGGAGUCUGUUCCAGUGGCCUUCUUGUUUACAAAGAUAAGCUGAGAAUCAACCGCUUCCCCUGGCCCAAGGUCCUGAAGAUUUCCUACAAACGCAGCAGCUUCUUCAUCAAGAUCCGGCCAGGGGAGCAAGAACAGUAUGAAAGUACAAUUGGGUUCAAGCUACCAAGUUACCGGGCAGCAAAGAAGCUGUGGAAAGUCUGUGUAGAACAUCACACCUUCUUCAGGCUGACUUCCACCGAGGCCAUCCCCAAGAGCAGGUUCCUGGCGCUGGGCUCCAAGUUCCGUUACAGCGGCCGGACACAGGCGCAGAGCAGGCAGGCGAGCGCCCUGAUUGACCGCCCUGCGCCCCAGUUCGAGCGCACGGCCAGCAAGCGAGCCUCCAGGAGCCUGGAUGGAGCUAAACGUGUGACUCAGAGAGUUGAGUUCAGAGCCGUAGAGGAAGAGAAGCAGGAGAAGGUGGUGGUGGUUGAGGUUCCUGAACCAAAACCCAUGGAUCAAAUCCAAGAGAAGCCAGCCAAACACACUCUUGAAACUUUUGAAAUGAAGCCCAUUGCAGAGGAGGAAGAGGAGGAGAAAGUAGAGGUGGUUAAGGUUCCUGUGGCCAAGCCAAAGUUCAUGGAGCCGCUGCCAACAUGGUCAGCCAAACGUGCUCUUGGCAAUGUUGAGAUAAGUCCAAUUGAAGAGGAGGAGGAAGAAAAAGUGGUGAUGAGAGAACCAGAGGCAGCCCUGCAGAAGCCAGCAGUGGCUAUGAUAACCCCUGAGAGGAGUCCCCGUCCCACCUCUGCCCCAGCCAUUGCUCAGAGCCAUGCUGCAGAACAAGUCCCAGCUAAGCCUGAUGUGAAGGAUAUGGUCACUGCAUCUAAAGUAGAAAAGGAAACAGCAAAACCUGGUGUGAGACGUGAAGAAAUCCCAGUGGAGAGAGCCAAGCUGGAAACAGCUGAUGCAUCAAAGAAAAGAUCAAAGAGGCUAGAUGGUGAAAACAUUUAUAUCAGGCAUAGCACUUUAAUGUUGGAGGACCUAGAUAAGACCCAGGAAGAAAUAAAGAAGCAUCACGCCAACAUCAGUGAGUUGAAGAAGAACUUUAUGGAGUCCGUCCCGGAGCCUCGGCCGAGUGAAUGGGACAAGCGUUUGUCCACUCACUCCCCUUUCCGAACCCUCAACGUCAAUGGGCAGAUUCCCGUGGGAGCAGAUGGACCGCCGCUAGUGAAGACCCAGACAGUCACCAUCUCUGACGUGUCCAGUGCUGUCAAAAGUGAAAUCCCCACCAAGGAAGUCCCCAUUGUCCACACCGAGACAAAGACCAUCACCUACGAAGCUGCACAGACAGAUGGUGGCAAUGGAGACUUAGACCCUGGCAUCCUGCUGACUGCUCAGACCAUCACGUCAGAAACUACCAGUAGCACUACCACCACCCAGAUCACAAAGACUGUAAAAGGUGGAAUUUCAGAGACACGGAUUGAGAAGAGGAUUGUCAUUACAGGAGAUGCAGAUGUAGACCAUGACCAGGUCCUAGCACAGGCGAUAAAGGCAGCGAAGGAGCAGCACCCAGACAUGUCAGUGACCAAAGUGGUUGUGCACCAGGAGACCGAGAUCGCAGAGGAGUAGUGGGGCCGUGAUGGACAAGAAGCGUUCCUGCCAGACACAAACCAAGAAUAAGAAGCCCAGCAUAACUACCAAGAAACUACUUGGAGCACAGAGACCUCGGAUUUGCAAGACUUGACACUCAGAGAUGUUCAUAUCAUUUAUUAAGAGUUGAGCUUUGACAUUUUACUUGGGACUUUUUCCAGGCUCCACUGGAUCCUAGUGGAUAAAGAUUUUUUUAUAUAUAUAUAUAUAUAUAUAUAUAUACACACACACAUAUAUAUAGCUGUAUCGUGCUAUAUAUAUAUAAUGAUACAAGUAUGCCAUAUUUUGAACUGCGCUGACAUUUUUUACAGGUUUUCCAUUUGCAUUUCCUCCCCUGCAUUGCCUCUUCAUCACAGACCCAGACACACCUUCCAGGGCUCCAGGGGUCACUUGUUUAUAAGUCGUGUUCCCUCUUCUUCGUCAGGGGUAAUGGAGACAAACCACACCCAGGCGUAUGCCUAGUGCGGGAUCCAGGCGUGCCCUCCAAAAACCAUGGCUCCUUCUGCUGGGAGAGUCAGUUUAAAGAAGUCAGACUUCAGUUUUGUGCAGCAUUUUUGAUUAUUGCCACUUGAUUUUUUUUUUUAAGCUCUAGAGAAGCUUGAACCCCUCCAGCUGCAAUUCCUGGGGGUGCAGAGCAGAGCUGCUGCCUUCACCCUGAGUUUCCUCCCCAGUGGGUUUUGGGCCCCUGGUGUAUGAACACAGUAGGGUUUUGUGGUGUACACUUUGCACACUUCUUCAUAGGUGAUUAGAUUUAAGGAAUACUGGAAGUUGCUUCGAAUAUCUUACACUGUGAAUUGUAGAGCUUCAAGAGGACUGUGACAGCACCUUGCCUUCCUCCCAUGUGUCUCUGCCGCAUGCUACCUGCCCUCUUGGUGUUUUCUGGCUGCCAUUAAAUCCAGAAACUCCUAGAAGUGUGUGUUUUAAAGUGUUUGGACUCUGAAUUCACAGUAACUGAUUAUCUUUUUCUUCAGUGUCUUAGUUUUUCACUUGCUUGUGUUCAUGAUUUUUAAGUUAGGGGUUUGGUUUGUUUUUUUUGUUUCAUUUGGUGGUUUUUUGGUGUUUGUUUGUUUUUUUUUUUUUUUUGCGGGGGUGGUGGUGUUUGUUUGGUAAGUCUUGGGUUGGGUUUUAUUCCUCCCUCACAGUGCUAAACAUGUUACCCAUAGACCAGGGCUUACAUCCUGCUACCAGUGAAUUUAAAAUACUUUAGACAACCCUUCCUAAGCCUGGAACACUGUGCUUGGAGAGGCUGAAGAAGGAAUCUUAGGAGUCAGGUAUUUUCUGGUUGUGAUAGAGCCAAACCACGUGGAAAAAAACCACCACUCCUCUUCCAUGCUGGCUUCCAGGUCCGGGCUUUGUAUGGCUUUGUGACCACCUUGCUGGAAGAAAAUACCAGGGUCAGUGGUUGCAUCACAGAGCACUGGGGUGAGCUCCAGUGGAGUGAGGAUGACCAGAAAAUAUCUGUUAUGGGGUUGGCUGCUCUUCCUUCCAUGGUGUUGGGCCUGAGCUCCUGCUGCUGCUCACAGAGCUUCAUGGAAAUGUUCUGAUCAUGGCCUGGUUUCUCCUUCCAGCAUUUGAACUUAUCAAGAAGAAAAAAGCCAAGCUUUGUAAAAAGUCUGCCCAAACACUCAUGAUCAAUUUAGUAUCCUCUGAGGUUGUGGUUUCUUUCCUUUAGAGAUUAUAUAUAUGUAUAUGUAUGUGUAUAUAUAUAUUUAUGUACUCUCUAGUGUGGCAAAUUGGUAGCUGAGGGCAUGGAGUGCUCUCUGCUGCUGCUUCUUAGCUGAGAAUGGGGAGAAAAAGGCAGUGAAAAGCUCUCUGUUAGUUUAAAUUGGAAUCGUGUGUUUCAGAAGUUACUGGUUUGAACUCAGGCUGCAACAACUCACUGUUCAGCUGCAAAAUCAGCCUUGGAACUACACUGGGGCCUGUGUAGCUUCUCCCAUUCUGGAUCAAUUUCAAUCAAGCUGUCAGUAUUGAUUGUAGACUGCUGAAAAUGCUAGAGCUGCUGGAGUUGUGCUUUUUUUUUCUGAGCUUUGUAGGCUGUGGGUCCUUCCCAGCCUCCUCCCAGCCUUCUCAUGCUGGUAGCUGCAUCUCAGGAUGCUCUGGGUGUGUGCUGUGGGUACUGGGCAUCCCCCUUGGGGAAUUUGGGUAGUCCUGGCCUCCAUAGCUGUCAUUCAGAUUCCUACUUCCUACUGAUGCCUGGACAGCCCUUUCCCUCCUUACUCUGUGACACAGAGCAUUUAACAGCUCUCUGUCCCUCCUGUCCUCAACUUCAGUUGGGUAACGCUUGCCUUAAACACCUGUUGUGCUGAGCACCCCUAUGGCAAUACCCAUUUUCUGGGAAUUGAGCUUUUUUUCUGAUGCUCAAUCCUUCCUUCUCACCCUGUAGCAGCUACUGGAGGAGUCAAAGAGCAUGUAGGGUUGUUAAGAUUUCUGAGCUUCACCAGAGAAAGACAGUGUGAAACUGAGUUUGUCCAUAGCACUUAAAGGCGCUUGGCCAUCAUGAGGAUUUAGGGGAACAUAGUGAGAGGCUGGAGCUUGACCAUGGGCGCACUGUGGGGUAUUCUGGGUACAGUGAGCAGGACAAAACACCCUGAGCAGGGAAUUUCUAGGGUAAGAAACCUGCCGGCACAGGAGAUGGUUCCUUUCCAAAAAAGAUGUGCUCACUGUGGCUGCGGACAUCCUGUAGACUCGAAUAACCCUGUGUUUAUUUUUCCCCUGGAUUUUGGCUGGCUGUUUGCAGGUUGUUCAUUAUCACGUUUCCCCUUUUUAAGUCCUUCCUUCUUCCUGAGUACUUUAAACAAAUGAUUGCCUCAUCACGGCAAUAACAGUGCCCGGAGCUGGGUGCAGACAAGCUCAUCCCUUGCACAGAGCCUCAUCUCACCACUGCCAUCACCCCUCUGUGUGACCCCAUGGAGGGAGAGCUGUUCCAACCCUGCUGAUUCUCCCCAGCUCUCUCCAACUGACAUGGCCACCAAUGUUCAGGAGCUGGCCAGGAGCAGCAGCUCCCUGGGGAGAAGAUGAGUUAUGAGCAGAAGCAGCUUCCAUCCUUGGGGCUGUGGUGGGGCUGCUGCAUGCCUUCCACCUCUGCUGGGUUUGCCAGUCUUGGCGUUGCUGUGUCAUUUCUAGGGACACACCAGCUAAGGAAGAUCUAUUUAUAUGAAUGUUCCCAGCUCUUCCCCUUCCACCAAUUCACUCAGAGACUGUCUUGAUUGUAUAAUAUACAUUAUAUGGAAGCUAUUUAUAUAUGAAUUAAUGUUUUUAUAGAGAGGAAGGCAAGGAGCUUCUAUUCUCCUCCGUUAGACUGGAACGGCUGUGCUUGCCAAAUGGUGAUCACUGGCCCAGCAGAGAUUUGUUUGCAAUGGACUGACCAAGUUCUGCUUUUCAUAAACUGUGGUUUGCGGAUUUUCCUGAUUGUUAAAUUUACGUGGGGAGGUGAUAGUGUCCCAGCCUUAGAGAUGAGACAUAUAAAAAAAAAAAGUAUUAAAAAAAAAUAGCUGAGAAUAUGAAGGAGCUUUGUAAAGUUUUUUUCUAAGGCAUUGUCUAGGGUAAGCCAGUCACACUCUUCUUUCUAAAACAAUAGGAGCUUUUAAAACAGGCAAAUCUUUGUAGAUGGAGUAGGGAUGGGAGCUGUUCUUUUGGACUUUUAUAGUGAUUCAAAGGGAAAGUUGCUGUAGCAUUUAGCCAGACCUCAGUGUUGGGUAUUGCUUCCUGUAUUGCAUUUUUCAAUAAAUUUUCAAA